CUUUUCCCUCGCCUUGCUUGGCCCAAGCAUGCUCCGAUUCCUUCUGGCGUUUUACAUCAGCGUCCUCUCCUUCGCUUUUCUCACCCUUUGCUUGUCCACUGUUCUCAUGACCCUCCCUUUGCCCGGUACCGAUACGAUCACAUUGACGUCGUGCACACCUUUACGAACGAGCAAAGAAAUAACAGGAGACAUCAUCCUAUACGACGGGCAGCUGGCAGUGUACAGGCAUUCGCUGGACCUGACCUUUUAUCUUCGUGGCGACUCUGCCGAAAAUGAACUCAUGCUGUACUCUGCGUUGGUCGCGUUCUCCGAUGCAGCUCACAUGCUCUUGUGGAACCAAUCCGAGCCAGCCAUCUUGGAGAAUUCUGACCUCAUGCGAAUAUGCUUGGACCAAACGAUCGAUGAUGGAAUCAUCCUCGAAACCGACCCAGCAGCGAUUGCAUCGCGGGCCAGUCGACCAAAGGCGGACACGAGAGAAAUCUUCAUCAACGAGCAGACAAUCAUGCCGGCAUACCUGACCGCGGAAGAGAAGAUGCAGCAGCGAACAGGGCAGUUGUGAAGUUACGACUCGGACCGGCGGACCCGU